AUGGUCCACGCAAGUGCCGUCCCACAAGCGCCUGAAGAUACCCACUAUGGCUUAAGAGCGGCCUAUGAAAGCGACGAGUCUCCCGAAAAGGUUAACCUGGUUAUUGGUGCGUACCGAGACAACAACGGGAGGCCUUGGACUCUUCCGGUUAUUAGAAAGGCGGAGGCUAUCUUCUUCCAUGAUCCUAACCGCAACAACGAAUAUCCGCCUAUUGCCGGAGUCCCUGAGUUUACCGCAGCUGCGCAAAAACUCAUCUUGGGCUCUGAAUCUCCUGCUAUCAAAGAAGGACGAGUGUGCUCGUUCCAGACCAUCUCUGGUACGGGAGCAGUUCAUCUUGGAGGGGCAUUCCUAUCUAGAUUCCUCGGUCAAUCGGAUAUAUACCUCUCAGAUCCGACAUGGGACAACCAUGCUCAAGUCUUCUCCAACGUUGGCCUAUCCAUUAAGUGGUAUCCCUACUUCUCAAAAAAGACGCUGGAAGUUGAUAUUGAAGCCAUGUUGUUAGCUCUUCAAGCUGCUCCCACUGAUAGCAUUGUCCUCCUCCAGCCAUGUGCUCACAAUCCUACGGGCGCCGAUUUAUCUCUAAACCAAUGGGAAAGAAUAGCUCAAAUUCUACAAGCUCGGAGGUUGCUUCCCUUUUUCGAUUGCGCUUAUCAAGGGUUCGCGACUGGCUUAUUCCAUAACGAUAAUGCUGCGAUCCGACUCUUCGCUGACUUGGGGAUGGAGAUGCUGAUAGCUCAGUCCUUCUCCAAAAACCUAGGUCUGUAUGGGCAUCGAGUGGGAUGUCUACAUUAUGUUGGUCCGCCUAAUGCACCAGACACAACUCUUCGUGUUGCCUCCCAAAUUGCCAUUCUACAGCGGUCUGAAAUCUCAACACCACCAAUCUACGGCGCUAAACUUGCCUCCAUCGUCCUUAACGACGAGAAAUUAUUCACCGAGUGGGAAAGAGAUUUGUGUAUUAUGGCAAAUCGCAUUAAAGAGAUGAGAAUAGCACUAAGACAAGAGCUCGAGAGGUUGCAAACACCAGGGAAUUGGGAUCGCAUUACAACAGAGAUUGGCAUGUUCAGUUAUACUGGAUUGAGCGCGGCCCAGGUGGCGCAAUUGAAGGAUCAAUGGCACAUUUACAUGCUGCCAAGCGGCAGAGUGAGCAUGGCUGGGCUCAAUACUAGCAACGUCAAAUAUUUCGCAACAGCAGUUGAUGCUGUAGUCAGGCGGGUGACGGAAACUUAA